AUGUUUGUGUCGCGUUCAAUUCUCGCUGUGGCCCUUAUCUGGCUGAGGAUCGCCAACGUCGCGACAUGUUUGAGUGUCAAGGGCGUUCCAUUCCCCAGCCUGAUCGAUGUGACAAUCGACGAGCUGGCAGAGGGCCUGGAAAAUGGCCUUUUCACUAGCGUCGAAUUGGUCAACGCCUAUCUCGGUCGCAUCAGCCAGGUGAAUAGCACUCUCAAUGUCGUCGCUGAGGUGAACCCCGAUGCGCUCUCCAUCGCCGCAGACUUGGACGCCUCACGGGCCAACGGAACAAUCAAGGGGCCACUUCAUGGAAUACCUAUUCUCAUCAAGAACAACAUCGCCACUGCCGACCAUAUGAACAACACCGCAGGAUCCUGGGCGCUCGUUGGUGCCAAAGUUCCCCAAGACAGCUUCAUGGCAAAGAAGCUCCGCGAGGCGGGUGCCAUCAUCCUCGGCAAGACGAACCUGAGCCAGUGGGCCAAUUACAGAAGCAACAACACCAGCAAUGGCUGGUCUGCGUAUGGCGGCCAAGUAUACGCCGCUUACUAUCCCCAACAAGAUCCGAGUGGGAGCUCCAGUGGCAGUGGUGUGUCCUCCGAUUUGGGGCUCGCCCUCGCCGCAUUGGGCACUGAGCUUGCACUACGGCUUAUUGCUCGUGCUGACACAUUCAAGACGGACGGCUCAAUCGUAUCACCUUCUCAGCGUAACAACCUAGUCGGCAUCAAGCCGACCGUAGGUCUCACCUCCAGGCAUCUCGUCAUCCCCAUCAGCGAGCACCAAGACACGAUCGGGCCAAUGGCCCGGACUGUCAAGGAUGCGGCAUACAUCUUGCACGCCAUUGCUGGCGCAGACCCCAAUGACAAUUACACCUCGGCGAUCCCCAACAACGGCGAGAUACCCGACUAUCCGGCGGCUUGCGACAUGUAUGCCCUCCGCGGAGCACGUAUCGGCAUCCCGCGCAACGCCAUUGAGCUGUUCUCCGACAACACCACCGGUACCGAGACAGGCGCGUUCGAGGAGGCCUUGGACGUCUUUAGGUCGGCAGGCGCCGUCAUCGUCGACAACGCAAACUUCACCGCCGCUGAGCAACUCGUGACGUCCAACUCGGAGACCAUCGUCCUGAACGCCGACUUCAUCUCAAACCUGGCUUCCUAUCUUGCCCAGCUGACCUUCAACCCGAACAACCUCUCGUCUUUGGCCGACGUCCGUAUGUUCACACAGUCCUUUAAGCUCGAGGACUACCCAGAUCGUGAUACGGGUAUAUGGGACGAGGCUCUUGACGAUCAGGGGUUCAACAACACUGACCCCCGGUUUUGGGCCGCAUGGCAAGAGAGCCAGUAUCUUGGCGGCGAGGGUGGGCUCUUUGGGACGCUUGAAAGGCACGAUCUUGAUGCCGUCAUCCUGCCGACCAGUUUCGCGAGCACGUGGGCCGCAAUUGUUGGAGCGCCUGUUGUAACGGUCCCGCUGGGAUUUUACCCCGCGAAUGCCACGGUGAUCAAGAACAGGAGAGGUAACUUGGUAGAUACUGGUCCUCAUGUGCCGUUUGGCAUCAGCUUUCUCGGCGCAAAGUUUCAGGAGGCUAAACUCAUUGGUCUAGCAUACUCGUAUGAACAGAGGACCCUUACUAGGUCGAAGGUCCAGCCAUAUGUCACGCCCAACAUUGAGAUUGGAGACUUCGCUGGGUAUUAG